AACCGAACCGGGAAUUGUCGGAGGAGAGCUAGGAACCUGCCUCUUUAGGAAGCAACGCGCAAAACCAAAAGGUCGAUCGUUUUUCCCAGAUACCAACAUCUGCGACGACCGACAGAGAGAUCGAGAGGGCGACACUUUGAUCACUGCCCUCUCCGUCUCCGAUCAAACAACCCCCUCAUUUUUCAUGUUUUUACACAUAUACAUUUGAAUUUAAUUGUUCAUUGCGUUUCAGUUAAGAAACCAAGCAAGGACAUCAUCCUUGUUGUCGUCGAAUUACCUGCGAAAAUUCCUAUGAUUCUCGGUCCCCUUUCAUGCGACGAUUGAAUACCCGUAAAGGGGUCAAUUCGAAGCCUGCCGACGACGACGACGACAGCAAUAUGGAUCCGGUUAAGCUCCAAAUCCGACCCAUCACCCGAUCCAAUCUCUUCUCCCGGAGCCCCAAGCACAACCCCAGAUCGAGCCUCUUAAUCUUCGCCUCGGUCGCCAUCGCACUCGCUCUCACAGUAUGCUACUUUCUCGUUUCCGCGCGAGAUUCAAUAAAUUUUGGUACGAAACGGUACGGGAUUGUCAUUGACGGUGGGAGUACGGGCAGCCGGAUCCACGUUUUCGGGUACGGAGACGAUGGCGGUAAUGGCGCCGUGUUUGAUUUUGGAAAGGACGGGUUGGCAUCGAUGCGGGUCAAUCCUGGGCUCUCGGCGUACGCAGAGGAUCCAGAAUCGGCAGGCGGGUCGUUGAGGGAGCUCGUGGAGUUUGGGAAGGGGAGGGUUCCGAAAGAGCACUGGGCGGAAACGGAGAUUAGGCUUAUGGCUACGGCGGGGCUCCGAUUGCUUGAUCUGGGUGUCCAGAAUCGGAUUCUGAAUUCUUGUAGGAAGGUGCUUCGGGGUUCCGGGUUUAAGUUUCGUGACGAGUGGGCUUCCGUCAUUACAGGAUCUGAUGAAGGAUUAUAUGCUUGGGUUGUUGCAAACCACGCGCUUGGGACUCUGGGUGGUGAUCCAAUGCAGACAACUGGGAUAAUUGAACUUGGUGGAGCUUCUGCUCAGGUGACAUUUGUUUCAAGUGAGCCGGUGCCUCCCGAGUUCUCCCGUGCUGUUAAAUUUGGAAAUGUCUCUUACAAUCUCUACAGUCACAGCUUUCUUCAUUUCGGCCAGAAUGUUGCGUUUGAUUCAUUGAAAGAGGGUAUUGUUUCAGGAGACUUCGACUCAGCUGCCGAGUCACUUCAGGAAAGAAUGUCAUCAGAUCCUUGCACUCCUAAAGGCUACUCACAUAAGAUGCAGUCUUCGAAGCUUUCUCCAAGUUCUUUGGUUGGGAAGAAUAGACAUCUAUCUGCUCUACAAUCAAGGGGUAACUUCUCUGAGUGCAGAUCUGCUGCAAAAAUUAUGCUGCAGAAAGGAAAAGAGAAAUGCUCCUAUCAACAUUGCGAUAUAGGAUCAACUUUCAUUCCUAAGCUUCGGGGAAAGAUUUUGGCUACAGAAAAUUUUUUCUAUACAUCCAAGUUUUUUGGUUUGGCCCCAAAAGCAUUUCUUUCGGAUUUGAUGAUAGCUGGACAACAAUUCUGUGGAGAAGAUUGGUCAAAAAUAAAGAAGAGAUGGCCAACACUUGAUGAAGAAGCUUUGCUGCACUAUUGCUUCUCUUCAGCAUAUGCGGUGGCCCUACUUCACGAUAGUCUUGGACUUGCUUUGGAUGAUGAAAGGAUCGGGUUUGCAAAUCAGGUGGGAAGUAUUCCACUCGAUUGGGCUCUGGGGGCUUUCAUCUUGCAAAGUACAUCUGAUUUGGACGUAGGGCACUCUGAUUGGCUUACCACCAUAAUUGGUGAUGGAUCUCCCACAUUGCUAUCAAUAAUUUUCAUCUUUUCAAUAUUGAUGUUUACAGUGUGGUGUGUGUCAAAGUGGAGGAAGCCACAGCUGAAGACAAUUUACGAUCUGGAGAAAGGGCGGUAUAUAGUCACUCGUGUUAGUAAAUGUUGAUAGCGUCAUCUAGAGGAAUGCACAUGCUAUGUAGGUUCGGAUUGAAAGAGUGGUGCGAUGUGCCAAACCCGAUUCACUUGAGCAGCCUCGGCUUCUUGCCAAAGGCCCACCCUCUCGAUGUUACCAACUGGAAAUGAGACUCUGGUGUGCAUCUAUCUACACAGAAUUUAGAGGUAACUUAUUUGUGCCAGAGCUAGUCUUAGAUCCCCAUUGUAUUCGGAGGAAGCCCGAUACCUCCUAUUUGUUAUACCAUAUGAGCUCUCAUUGCCCCCCAAAUGCCAUUGAGAAGGUUAGGAUAAAGGGAAUGGGGGCAUGUUGGUUUUGGAGAUAGAUGUAGAAAGCUGUAUCGUUGUAUGAUAAUGUGGUAAUGCACGUGAUUUAUUCGUCACAAUUGUUAUUCUCGUUUGGAUUAAUGAAAGAAUUUGCAGUUCUCUCGAC